AUGUCCAGGGGUUUUUCUGCUGUCAUGGAUCGUGCCCGCCUCCGGUUGGACCAAUGUCUCAAGAGACACGCGGGAUGUAGCCCCAGCGCUGAUUCACUGCUACCGACGAGGGUACUCGAUCUGGAUUCUGCUGACCCUAAUUCUAUUAGCCUGCGCGAAUCGCAAGCUGAGAGAGCCAGGUAUAUCUGUCUCUCGUACUGCUGGGGACGUUCCGAGUUUCUCAAGACCACGCGGGAGAGCCCCGAAUGCCACAAACGAGGCAUCAGCCUUGCUGAGCUACCACAAAGUUUCUACGACGCUGUCCGAAUUGUUCGCGCGCUAGGGGUACGGUAUUUCUGGAUCGACUCGCUCUGCAUCAUCCAGAACGACGUGGACGAUGCCGAUUGGAAGCGUGAGUCGGGUCGCAUGGCCGACGUCUUCCGCACUUCAUACCUCACCGUGGCUUUGACAUGGGCCGUCUCGGCCAACGACGGCUGUUUUGCCCCUCCGGUGUAUAGAGAAACCCAUAUCGCGCCCUUUGCGAUGGAGCUAGUCCCUCACUUUUCGCAACAAGCCACGGUCAAAAACUCGAGUCACUUUCCCGUGCUAGCACGAGGCUGGGUAUACCAGGAGUGCAUGCUAUCGCCCAGGAUUCUCCAGUUCGGCCGGCAGGAGAGGCUCUGGGAAUGCCGCGGACACCGGACAUGCGAGUGUGGGCAGGCAUCCAACUCGGUGUCUGAGAUGUCAAAGGACAAGUUUCAUGAGGUGACUUUCGAUGACGAUGAUUAUGUACAGUGCCUCUGGCGCAGAAUGGUCGUCGAACACUCGAAUCUGCAGUUAACCUACCCUACCGACAGACCACACGCACUCUCCGGGCUGGCUGAGGAGGUGCGGCGCCACACGAAGCAGGAGUAUAUGGCCGGCCACCGGAGAAACACGCUGGUGCAGGAUAUGUGCUGGUACCGGCCCGAACGGCCCCAGCAUACCACUGCCGUUAGGAGCCGCCCGGCGAAAGCCGACCUGGUCUUGGGCAUCGGUUAA